CCAUCGUUGAUGUCCCUUUCUCAGUUCAUGAAAGCAGUGGACCAAUUAUAACAUCUAAUCUCAUGGCUGUCAAAAAGAUUCGACACAGCUGGCUUAGACAAUUCCAUGUCCAAUGUCCCCUUAUAUAUAUAUAUAUAUAUAUAUGGGUCACCUUCGUCUUCCUCAAGCCUACCACUCCUCUAGUCCUCUCUCUCGCUUCCUUUGCUUAAUUGCUUCUUCCAUUACUUUCUACUUUGAUUUCAGACUUUCAGAUUACAUGGGUCACCGAGUGUUCGACAUAAUGCUUAUGUGGGUGAUGGCCCUUAACCUCUGUUUCCUCUGUUUCUUUCCCAGUGAAGUUCUAGCACUUCAACAAAACUACUACGCCAAAACCUGUCCCAAUGUGGAAAGCAUCGUUAGAGGUGUGGUCACUCAGAAGUUUAAGGAGACUUUCGUCACUGUCCCUGGAACCCUCCGUCUCUUCUUCCACGAUUGCUUUGUCCAGGGAUGCGAUGCAUCGGUUAUAAUCGCGUCUACAUCAAGCAACACAGCAGAGAAAGACAAUCCCAUUAACCUUUCCCUUGCAGGAGAUGGGUUUGACACAGUAAUUAAGGCCAAAGCUGCCGUGGAUAAAACCUCUGGUUGUACCAAUAUGGUUUCCUGUGCUGAUAUCCUCGCCAUGGCUGCUCGAGAUGUCGUUGCUCUGGCUGGUGGGCCGUCUUAUGCUGUUGAGUUGGGACGAUUGGAUGGUUUGAGCUCUACCUCUGCAAGUGUUAAUGGAAAGCUGCCUCUCUCAACAUUCAAUCUAGACCAGCUCAAUUCCUUGUUCUCUUCUCAUGGCCUCUCCCAACAAGACAUGAUUGCUCUCUCAGCGGCGCACACGGUUGGAUUUUCUCACUGUAACCAGUUUGCAAAUCGCAUAUAUAACUACUCAGCAAAGGUGCAGGUGGACCCUACGAUCAAUAAGACGUACGUAGGGGAUUUACAAUCGAUGUGUCCCAAAAAAGUGGACCCCAGGAUCGCCAUUAAUAUGGAUCCUAUCACUCCCAGGAAGUUCGACAAUGUCUAUUAUCAGAACCUUCAGCAAGGGAAGGGACUAUUCAGCUCAGAUCAGAUCCUCUACACAGAUAGUAGGUCUAAGUCCACCGUCGAUCUCUGGGCUUCCAACUCUGCCACCUUCGAAAAAGCAUUCAUCGCGGCCAUGACCAAGCUCGGUCGGGUUGGUGUCAAGACCGGCUCUCAGGGAAAUAUUCGUCGUGAUUGUUCUAUCUUCAAUUCUUAGAGAAAGAACUAUGUUUGUAUUUCAAGAGAAGAAAAAAAUGAUUGAUUUAUGUAUCUUUCUUUCUUUCGAAGAGAACUAAAAUAGUUUCUCUUCAUUGAAAGAAGAAUAAUAAAGCAAGACCCCACGAAACCCACUUUGUUUGGUAUAUUUCCAUUAGAGUGAUAGCUUUGAAGAGUGAAGAGUGAAGAGUGAAGACAGAUUGUAGUGGUUGCCUUUUUCUCUUCACUCACUUUCUCUAGAUGAGAAAUUGAGAAUAGGUUUUGUGAG